GGAAUCCACAACGCCCAACGACGCCUACUUGGAGUGGAUCCCUUUCGAGAACUUUGACGCCGCCGAUUCAGAAACCGGCAGAUACUUUUUAUACGGUGCAGAGGCGUCCCCGUGAGAAAACUUGUCGUUCUCAGAGAAACCAAGUAUAUAAUCAUCGACGUUUCGCGGAGGAAAAUGGGUCGGGCGACAAUAUAUUGUUAAUAGAGUAG